CGGACACAGCGGGACUCUCCUCUGCUGUCCUGCGGUAACAUUGUUGUGGAACGACGUCACAGCUCGAAAAUGAAGGCGCAGAGGCAGCCAUUACCGGAGCUUCUCUAAUUAUUUUAUUCCAAAUAAAUACUCGCGGAAAACUCCCAUGGCAAGAGCUACAAGUCAGCUGUAUGAUGUUGUGCCUAUUCAGCCCAGCGUUGUCAUUUGUUCCCGCUCGCAUCCAUCAAUGGUAAGGAACCACCCUGACUUCUGCUCGCCACUCGCUAUCCCAGGCGCAAGCAGCAGCAGCCACUGCCCCGGCAUGGAGGGCUCGCCCUCAGAGGCCCGUGCUGUAGGAACAUCUGCCAGCGGCCAGGGCUCGAGCCUCCGUGCGCAAAAGGUGGCUCAGACCCCUCAGCCUCGCAAAAAGAAACCAGAGGACUUCAAAUUUGGCAAGAUACUAGGAGAGGGCUCCUUCUCGACGGUUGUCCUGGCGAGAGAGCAGGUAACUGGCAAAGAAUAUGCAAUUAAGAUACUAGAGAAGCGGCACAUCAUGAAGCAGAACAAAGCCCAGUAUGUGAAAAGAGAAAGGGAUUUGAUGUCAAAUCUCGAGCACCCAUUCUUUGUCAAACUCUACUUCACAUUUCAAGAUGAUGAGAAGUUGUAUUUUGGUCUCAGCUACGCUAAGAAUGGCGAGCUCCUCAAAUACAUUCGUAAAAUUGGUUCAUUUGAUGAGACCUGCACUAGAUUCUAUUCAGCAGAAAUUGUCAGUGCUCUAGAAUACUUGCACAAUCAGGGUGUAAUCCAUAGAGAUCUGAAACCAGAGAACAUUCUUUUGAGUGAAGACAUGCACAUUCAGAUAACAGAUUUUGGGACAGCAAAGCAAUUAUCAUCGGACAGCAAGCAAGCCAGAGCAAACUCUUUUGUUGGAACAGCACAGUAUGUUUCUCCAGAGCUGCUAACGGAGAAAUCAGCCUGCAAAAGCUCUGACCUCUGGGCAUUGGGAUGUAUUAUCUAUCAGUUGGUGGCUGGUUUACCACCAUUCAGAGCUGGAAAUGAGUACUUAAUAUUCCAGAAGAUAAUAAAGCUGGAGUAUGAAUUCCCUGAGAAAUUCUUCCCCAGAGCCAAGGAUCUUGUCAAACAACUUUUGUCACUGGACCCCUCCAACCGUCUUGGAUGUGAAGAGAUGGGAGGCUACGACCCUUUGAAACAACACCCCUUCUUCGACAACAUCUCCUGGGGAGACCUACAUCUGCAGACACCCCCUAAGCUCACGCCCUACCUGCCAGCAAUGUCUGAGGAUGAUGAGGACUGCUAUGGAAAUUACGAUGACCUCCUGAGCCAGUUCAGCAACAUACAGGUGGCUCAGUCCAGCUCAUCACACUCCCUGUCGCCGCACGAAUUGACGCCUCCGCAAAGGUCCAGCAGCAACAUUGAGCAGUACAUCCACGACCUGGACAACAAUUCCUUUGAGCUGGACUUGCAGUUCACGGACGAGGAGAAGCAGUUGUUGCUGGAUAAACAAACCUCUGGGAACCCCUGGCACCAGUUUGUGGAAAAUAACCUGAUUUUAAAAAUGGGUCCAGUGGACAAACGAAAGGGUCUGUUUGCUCGACGAAGACAGCUGCUCCUAACUGAAGGACCACACUUGUACUACGUAGAUCCUGUCAACAAGGUCCUGAAAGGAGAAAUCCCUUGGUCAUUAGAAUUACGUCCCGAGGCCAAGAACUUCAAAACGUUCUUCGUUCACACGCCUAACCGAACAUACUAUUUGAUGGACCCUAGCGGAAAUGCUGACAGAUGGUGCAAGAAGAUCCAGGAAGUAUGGAGAAAGAUCUAUCAAAGACACCAAAAUCCUGGCCUAUAGGAGCACACUUACUCCUGUGGCGCCUCCACUUUAGCUCCGAGGCCAAUCACUGAGCAGAGUAACACCCUCUUUAGUGCCCUUCAUCACCGCAGUGUAAACAAACUCUUCUCGACAGACGCUGACAUCUAGACCUUGUUUGUUUUACAGAGUAGAACCAUGGGAAAAAUACAACUUUGGAUUCAGGGUUGCUUUGCUUGUUCUUUGUGCUCUGUGUGAGGCUUCUGUUGCAAUUCUCCAUAUGUAGAUGUUAGGAGUACCACCAAGCGCAUCUGCUUCUUUUGUACAUUCUCAAUGGAAGGUGAAAUGCCAGGGCUCUCUUAAAUCCAAGGACUGGUUUCCUUUGUUAUACCAUAACACAGAAUAUUGCUUAUGUGAAUCCCAGAGUCUAUGCUGACCUCUAAUUAAACCAUAUCGCAAACCUGCAUCCUAUGUGCAAGCUGUAGACAGCCCCUUGUCUAGUGCAUAUAGUCCAUAGCUGUACCAGAUACUGUACGCUUGAUUCAGUCUUCAUGCAUUUACCAAACUCAAAUCCUAUAUGUAUUUUUGUAAGAGCCCAAAUAUUUCCACAGUAUUUUUGUUGUUUUUCUUAGUCUAGUGCUACUUGCUUAUUGCGGUCCAAUCAGAUAUCUCAGUGUGUGACAGGGCCGAGUGCCAGUCUCCAGUGAGACGUGGGUCUAAAUGGAUUUUUGGUUAAGUGUGAGCCUUCCACAACAUUUACUGAGGAGGUUUAGCUAACAGGAGCUGGGUAAACACACCACUAGCUUGUACUUCCUAAUCAUAAACUUGCUUACCUUUCCUGCAUGGCCAGUUGUGUAGUGCAGCCUUGUUCCGGUCUCCUUGGGCACUGGAGAUAUACAGUAGUUUAUUCAACUUUUAAAGGUGUUUUUUUUUUUGUCUGCAUUGGUAACCAUAGCAAAUGUUACUGGAUGAUUUGACUGUUCUAUUCAGUUGCUAUUUCUUUUGUGAUGUGGAUUUCUUUUUGUGGGAUAGUUUGCUCAUCUUCAGUACAUCCUGUUUGAAAUAGAAAAUCCUAUGUGCUGACCACCCCAUGCUGAACAGAAAAUCCUCACCAAGAGGACAUUGGACAUACAUUAUACUAUCAAGCAAUCACUAGUUGUUUUCCCAGAGCGAGAUGGCACAAUUGCUUCUCUAGCUAUUUUUUUUUCCCCACACAUUUGACCCAAUAGAAAUCCAACAUUGAUUUAUCUGAUGCUCCUAUUUUUUUUAACAGUUUGUGUUACAUAAUGCUUUUAAUUUUUGGCAGAUUACCUUCAGGUCCUUUGGCUGAGUCUGUGUGUGCAUUGUGUGACUGGAAUAUAUAGGUGAAUAGGACCCUGGGGGCCCAGGGCUCGGCGUGAAAGGAUAUCUAUCUGAUCCAAAUAACCGACGAAAUUGCUGUAUCUGUCUAUAAAGUAGGAGGAUACGCUCCAAAAAGUGGUUUCCUCCGCAGUGAGAAUAUGUCUGAAUCAUAAAUAGAUGGCAGUCGGUUACCUUGUGUAUGGAACACUCUACCUGGCUUGUAACUGACGAGAACUGUGAUGUACAGAUAAUGUAUUAUUAAAAUCUGAAGCAAGUAAUGCAAUGAUAUUAGGAUACAGUUUUUGUAUUUUUAUUCUUGUAUAAGGUUAUUAGACGGCUAUUGUUUAGCCUCUAGUUCAUUCUGUGUUAUUUAAAUUCUAAUAUAUGAAUCAUAUUUGGAUUGAAGUCAUGUUCAGGGGCCAUGUUGUGUAUGUAUUGAGAUGUAAAGCCUUUGAAUGUGAAUAAUUAUUGUAAACUAUAAUAUUUUACAGCUUUUUUCUUACUAUAUCAUACAUUUUCUAUUUGCUCAGUGAUUUAAUCAUAUUCCGCUAAUUUAAUGAACCUGUUCAUUCUCUCUGAUUAUUUGUGCGCUAGGUCAGUAGUUGUUGAAUGACGAAUUUCCCACUUAAUGCUUGGUAGUCCAGUAAUUAAAGCAUGUAGGGAAUUUAGGCAUACCAAUAAAGCCAUGUGUCCUGUCUUCUGUUAAGUCACAGUCAUGACACAGUGUUCACUGGCAAUGGCUUCUCAAAUCCUGCAGCAUGUAAAUAAAAUAUCAGCCCACCACCUGUGUUUUUGUCUCAUGCAAAUUACUACUCAUUUUUGCCAUUCUGUUUUUUGUUUUAGAGCCAAUUGGGCGCUGUGUUCAAUGAUGAAUAUAGAUGACAUUUGCCAUAUAGGAUG